GGUUGAGCUGAUUCAGAAACCGCUGUGCCCUUUUCUCGUUGCUCCAUCACCCCAUCCCCUCUCCCCUCCUUCUCCAAGUUUAACUACAUAUAAGAAGCCAUGGGAAAGCGCAACAGGGCCGCUUUGCUGCCUACCAACAUCCCUCAGCUGCAGAACCUCAUCAAGCGAGACCCCCUCUCCUACAAGGAAGAGUUCCUGCAGCAGCUCCGCCACUUUGAGUCCUCCAGGGCCAUCUUUGAACUCAAGCCCGAGGAAGUCUCGACCGAUUUUCAGGACCUCAUCAACUUUAUUGCCCAGGUUUCACCAUGCUACCCAGAGGAGACAAAAGAGUUUCCGGACCAGAUUAUCACCCUGUUGUCAAAGCACUACCAGAUUCUCGAUGCUGAGCUCCGACGCACCAUGGUCCAGGCAUUGGUCCUCCUCCGCAACAGAGAAAUGAUCUCGUCCACCAGCUUGCUCUCGCUGUUCUUCACCCUGUUCCGCUGCAGAGACAAGGUUCUUCGUGACAUCCUCUACAACCAUAUCGUAAACGACAUCAAGGUCAGCAACCAAAAGGCCAAGAACAACAAGAUGAACAAGACCCUCCAGGGAUUCAUGUACACCAUGUUGACCUCUGCUGAAGGCGCUGCAGGAACCGGAAGCGAGAAUGCAAUUGCUGCCAAGCGUAGUCUGGACGUCUGUAUCGAGCUCUACCGCAAGAACAUUUGGAACGAUGCCAAGACGGUCAAUGUUAUUGCUCAUGCCUGUUUCUCGCCCGUCACCAAGAUCAUGGUCACAGCACUGCAGUUCUUUUUGGGAAACAACGAGGACGAUGGGGAUUCAGAGGACGAGGACGAGUUGCCGGACAUCAAGGCGAUGCAGCACAAGCAGAAUGUCGGCAAAAAGACAAAAUCAAAGGCCAAGCAGAUGGAAAAGAUGAUGUCGACCUUGAAGAAGAAGCAGAAGGCCAAGAAGAAGGCCGAGACUUUCAACUUUUCGGCCCUUCAUCUCCUUAACGAUCCCCAGGGAUUCACGGAAAAGCUGUACACGCAUUUGGCUUCGUCUCGCGAGCGUCACGAGGUUCAACUCAUGUUGAUGAACCUGAUCUCUCGAAUCAUUGGUGUCCACAGGUUGACCGUCCUCGCCUUUUACCCGUACCUCCAGAAACGUCUUCAGCCUACACAAAAGGACGUGACCCAGAUCAUUGCCAUCAGUGCACAGGCAUCCCACGACCUGGUGCCUCCAGAUGUGAUCGAGGCCGUGAUCCAGACGCUGGCCAACAACUUUGUGACGGAGCAUUGCUCUGCAGAGGUCAUGGCCGCAGGACUGAAUGGUAUCCGUGAGGUUGUGGCGCGCUGCCCCCUGGCGAUGGAGGCGACCUUGCUUCAGGAUCUGACAGAUUACAAGAACCACAGAGACAAGGGAGUGAUGAUGGCCUCGCGCUCGUUGAUCGGCCUCUUCCGUGAGAUCAACCCAGAGUUGCUCAAGAAGAAGGACCGUGGUCGCAGCGCGGCUAUGAACAUGCGCGACAUUAAGCCCUCGAUGUACGGUGAGAGCUAUAACGACGGCGAUAUGGAGGGACUCCAGCUCUUGGCCGAGAACGUAGACGAGAACGGCACCGAGGGCGGCGACAACUGGGACGAGUGGGAGGAGGCCUCAGAUGAGGAGGAUGAGGAAGGGGGCGGCUGGGUGAAUGUCUCGGAUGAUGAGAAUGACCUCAACAUCAAGCUGUCGGACGAUGAAGACUCUGGAUCAGAGGAUGAGAACGGAAACAAGAAGCCUAGGCCGAAGCAACUGACCGCCAACAAGGAGCGUCGCCUGAGGAAGAAGGGAUUGUUGCCCAAGGAUGACGAGUCCGAGACCGCUGUCAAGGAGGAGGAUGAGGCGACGAAGGCUAGGCGUGUGCAACUGGCGGCCGAGCGCAAGGAAAAGUUGGCUGCGGCCCAAUUGCUGGCGACGACCAAGAUCUUGACACCAGCAGAUUUUGCAAAGAUCGAGGCCCUCAAGCUGGCGAGACAGGCAGAUCAGAAGUUGAACCCUGCGCGCGCGGGAUCGGGCAAGCGUCCGGCUCCUACGGACGAGAACCAGGCCGAGGGCGAGGUCUCGAUUGGGUCGAUUAUCGGACCACGCAAGAAGGCCAAGCAGGACUAUGCUGAGCGCAUGGAGUCGAUCAAGAACGGACGCGAGGGUCGUGAUAAGUUUGGAUCGCGCAAGGGCUCGACCGAGCGUGGAUCGACGACCAACAAGGAGAAGUCCAAGGGCAAGAACUUUAUGAUGAUUGCUCACAAGCGUGAAGUCCGCGAAAAGAAGAAGAUGAGUCUCCGCGAGAAGCAGGUCCAAUUGCAUGCACACAUCAAGAAGCAAAAGAUGAUGAAGAAGUAAUAGAGCAGCCUCCCCCCUCCCUUGAUCGUCGUCGGCGUACGGAAGCAAGCCAGAACAGCAGGAACACCCUUGUACCAUAGCAUUUUUUAUCAUUUCAUCAUUCAUUUUAGAAUCAAUU